AUUUCUCCUUCUCAUCCCUUUUGAUAUGACGGAAAAGACGAAUUAAUGUGGAUUUCUAAUAAUUUAUAACAUAAAAAGGCAUCGGAAGUUGAAUAAUUAAAGCUCGCUUGAGUUGACGGGGAGAAAGCAAGGCGGACGAUAUGCAGGAGAAGUGGUUACUGACCGGCCUUUCGGUGGCGCUCUUGCUAUUGGGCACCUGCUCGGCGCUUUACGAAGACCAGAUCAAGAAGUUCGACUGGCGAGGAGUCAAUGUCGGUGCACUGAAGCAGUCGCGCGUGGACCUAAACCACUUCCAACCGCGAAUUCUUGUUAGCACCCACGAAGGAGUGGUGGCCAGCUUGUGCGUUAAGACCGGCGAACUGGUGUGGCGUCAGGUUCUCGAGCAAACGCCGCGCGGUGACAUAAAGCUGCUGCAGGUGAGCGGAUUCGCCGAUGACAGUAGCGACACGGCCGCCGCUCCGGUGGGCAGCAACAUGGGAUUCGACAUGCUCACCGUGCAGGGACAUGCACCCGCUCUGGUACGCGGAUGGAACACAAAUAUGGGCGCCCUCGAGUGGGAGUGGUCUAUCAUGCCGCUUAACACGGAACGGGCCCAGGAUUCGCUUUGGUUCUAUAGCAAAUCGGUCCUUUACCACGUUCUACCCGCAUGGCGAAGCCACCUCGAGGUUACCGCCUAUUUCGCCAGCUCAGGCCACAGCACAGGAAGCACCAGCAAGGUGAUGGCCUCCUGGAUCACGCCGGAAAGCUGCUCCCUCAGUGGCACCUUUUACGUCUGCGUAGACGGCAAGCAGUUAAUAAGUCUGGAUCUGGUCUCCAAGACCGGUCAGGUGAUUCGAACCUCUCUUGAGGCGGAGCCAAAGGGAAAACUUCAGGUUUUGGCGGGUCUCCACGGUGUUGUAAUUGUGAAUGGCAAACUUGUAAGUGUCAACAAGGAGCAAUCUGUCUGCAGUAGUCUGCAAAGUUCGAGCUAUGCAGUGGGAAGCUUUAACUACCGAAAAAUAUUAGCGUAUGCUGAUUUAGCUUCAGGAAUCCUCAGGAUAAAUGCCGUGUAUCUGGACAACUGUGCACCUGCGACAGAACUGGAACAAAGUUUGCCCUUCCCUGAGCACUUUGGGACUCCAUCGCUGAAUAAUUUCGACUGCAAGCAAAAACGCAACGGUGAGGGCAAGAGCUGCUUAUUCCUGUUUGGCACCAGUUCUGAGUCCAUCGUGGCCGUGCAGCAGGGACGCAUUCGUUGGUCGCGCGAGGAGGCUCUGGCCAAUGUCAUCGACUCACAGUUUGUUGAUCUGCCACUUGCCGAUACAGAGGGCACUCUGGAAAGCGAAAUGAAGGGCAAGGCCGGGGAUUUCACAAGUUUCGAGAGAGAUAUCGCCAGUGCCUUCUUGCGUCGCAUUACCACUCAAGCUGUUCAGAUCAGGAGCUUGUUCCUUCAUGUAAUUGGGCUGGGACCUCCGCCCACGGAUACGCAGCGUGCUGGCCUAGUUCGAGAUUCUUUUGGUCUGCACAAGAUGCUGGUUUUGCUUACGAGAGCUGGAAAAGUCUUCGGCAUUGAUAACAUCUCUGGAAAACAUCAUUGGCAGUUAUAUCUUCCUAACGUCAAUGGUUUUGAUAAUGGCGAACCGAUGCGUUUGAUUGUACAACGCUCGGCCAAACACUUUCCGCUUCAGCCUCUGUGCACUAUUUUAGGAAAGAAUGCCGUCCAUGACAAUGGUGUGCUUUAUCGUUUUAAUCCCAUAACUGGAAAGGCAGCGGAAGGCGGUCUCAUUCAGCUGGAUUACAAGAUCAAGCAGCUCUCGUUGCUGGGAGAAACGGAGAAGGACUUCAUAAAGGGUAUUUUGUUACUAGAUGCUUCAAACAAGGUUCAUGUUUACCCCCAACAUGCGACACCAUUGGCCGAUGGAAUGUAUUUGUACACAGCUGAUGUAAAAACUGCCGAGUUGUCGGGUUACUUUGUAAAAUAUACGGGCGGUCAACUUUCGAGUACGCAUAUUUGGAACGCCCGCUUGGGAGGCCACAACUCAGAACAGCAGAUUAUCGGCGUUGCCGGAAAGAAUCCUAUCGAGCAUGUCCAUUCGCAGGGCCGCGUGUUGGGCGACCGAUCAGUGCUUUACAAGUACAUUAACCCCAAUUUAGUGGCCUUUAUUACACAGGCGCCGGAUGCCACACACAAAUCUGUGCUAAAUUUGUAUCUGGUUGAUGUGGUCUCCGGGUCCGUGGUUUUCACUAUGACGCAUCGUAAGGUGCGUGCCCCAUUAAGUAUUGUGCACUCAGAGAACUGGCUUGCCUACUCCUACUUUAAUGAAAAAGUGCGACGCACAGAGAUUACCACCAUUGAACUGUACGAGGGCAAAAGCCAGGCGAACAGCAGUGUUUGGAGCUCCUUGCAGGCUCCACCAAUGCCGCUUGUCGAGCGUCAGUCCUAUAUCAUCCCCACAAUUGUUGAGGCUCUGAGGGAGACGAUCACAGAGCGCGGAAUUACCAAUAAGCACGUGUUGAUCGGCACUGCGAGUGGUUCUAUCGUUGAAAUGCCAUGGCAUUUGCUGGAUCCCCGCCGUCCUAUCGCAUCCACGACUCAGGGACGCGAGGAGGGAGCCAUUCCUUACAUACCGGAGUUGCCUUUGCCAACGGAAAGCCAUAUAAAUUACAACCAGACGGUGGCCCGCCUGCGUAAUAUUUAUACCGCACCAAGUGGUCUGGAGAGUACCUGUCUAGUCGUUGCCACGGGUUUAGAUUUGUUCGUUACGCGCGUGUCGCCCUCCAAGACGUUCGAUUUGUUAAAGGAGGACUUCGACUAUAUUCUCAUUUCCAUAGUGCUAGUCGCGCUCACAUCGGGCUCGUUGAUUGUUAAGCAUUUAGCGUCGCGUAAAUUGCUCAAGCAGGCGUGGAAAUAGGCGUGGCAUUAUUAUUAAAUAAUUGCUUUAUAUACAUAUAACAUUUUACUGCGACCAAAUACAACAAGGGAGGAUGGAAUGAUAAUAGAGAAGCAACCCGGCGAAGAGAAUAUUGAUAUACAUAACAUAACUCUGGUAGCUGCAUUACAUACCAUAAUGCGAUCGAUAAAAACUUUUCUCAACGCUAAGCCUAGGCAAUUAUUUAUAAUUAAUUAUAUAGCGUUAAACAUCAAAUAAUUAUAAUUAGCUGUUGAAAGGUUUUCAUUGCAUUUUUCUGUUCCUUUGAUUUGUGUUCGUUUUAAUUUCCAUAAAUGAAAAAUAUCAGCAUUGAAAGUGUGUUUAAAGAAAUGUAGUUAAUAAAAGCAUUUGUAAAGGAGGACAAUGGUAAAGUAAAUACAAAAUUUUUCAUCAGAACAAA